GAUAUUUGCAAUCAUUGCAUUCUGUUUUUAUUUAGUUUUUUUUUAAGUCCAAACUUUUAGAGUUCCACAUUUACCUUGAAGAUAAAGUUGUAUUUAUGUCGAAUUGGAUUUGACCCUGAGAGGAGGAGGAGGAGGAGGAGGAGGAGGAAGAGGGGGAGUGACUCAAUCCUUUUCCAGGAUGAAGUUAAUAGUCUCCGCAGCUCGGCUGCUGCUGCUGUUCGGGGACAGCUCGGAUGAAGGGAUGGACGAGGAGGGUUUUCUGCCCGGGUCGAGCUGUGAUGURUCCGGGCUCCGGAAGGACGGUGGCACCUCUGUGCGCUUUCCUGCCUUCCAUCCGGACAACCAGGGACGCGGGCGGAGAGGGGACACUCUGGCGUCGACGUUUGCCCAGCACUCAUCCCACUGAACCGACGCGGAGCAGGGAGUGAGAGACGCGCCGUCAUGGAGAAACAGAGCAGACUCGACAGGGAGGAGGACACGUCGAAGCGCCGGGACAAGAAGCCCAAAUCCGGGAAGCUUUUCCGCGUGAAAUCGCUGAAGUCUGUGGGGAGCUUCGUGAACAGGAUCAUGAAAACUUUGGGCACUUUCAGCCACUUUGGAGACGCGGCGGAAGCGCGGGACGCGGAGGACGACGACGGCGGGUUUCGGACUAAUGGCGCACCGUGCACCCUCAGCGCCAGCUCGGGGAUCAUGGUGAGAGAGGACGCGCUGCAGGCGGUCCGGGAGCGCGCGCUGAAAACCCCUCCGAGCACGUCCUCCUCUCUGUGCGCCGGCGGAGAGAAACUCCUCCACCGGUACGGAGACAGAACCCCCGGGGUUCUGGGGCUGAAGAACCUCGGGAACACCUGCUUCAUGAACGCGGUGGUCCAGUGCUUGAGCAACACCGACCUGCUGGCGGAGUACCUGGGGCUGGAGCGGUACCGGAUGGACCUGGGUCCGAGCAGGACGAACGGCCGGAUGGUUGGGGAUGAGAGCCGGCUGGUGAAGGGAGAAGUGACCGAGCAGCUGGCGGCUCUGGUCAGGGCUCUGUGGACUCUGGAGUACACCCCACARCUGUCAGUGGACUUCAAGACUGUUGUGUCCAAGCACGGGUCACAGUUUCGUGGAAAUUCCCAGCAUGAUGCCCUGGAGUUCCUCCUCUGGCUGUUGGAUCGUGUCCAUGAGGACGUCAUGCUGGCGUUUCACAACAACAACAACAAGCCCAGAGCUCCAGGAAYGGGUCCAAGUGGAGCUGAGGAUGUGCUGUGUCCUGAUCCAGUCCAGUCCCAUCAGCCCAGGGUCCAGCACAGUUUUGUCCAGGAACAUUUCCAGGCACAGUACAAGUCCUCCCUGACGUGUCCACACUGCCUGAAACAGAGCAACACCUUUGACCCGUUCCUAUGCAUCUCUCUACCCAUUCCACUUUGUCAAACCAGACUAUUGUGUGUCACUCUGGUGUUCAGCACCAAAGGACAGAGGUAUCUGCGGGUCGGGCUGGCGAUGCCUCUCUUUGGUUCUGUUGCCUGCCUGAGACGGAUGGUGGCUGAUGAGGGCAAACUUUCCCCAGACCAGGUGAUCCUGACAGAGGUUUACUCCACAGGGUUCCAGCGCUCCUUCUUUGACGAAGACGAUCUCACAAGCAUCGCAGAGAAUGAUGUCAUCUACGCCUUCCAGGCUCCUCCUCUCUACAUCAGAGGGGGCUCUGCACGCAUUUCAG